AUGAAUACCGCCCCCAAAUCAUCAUCCAGGGACAGAUUCUGGCGAGAUGUUCUUGGAGCACCAAAUACCACCCGCGAGUCAUCAUCGCUGGAUGAACCAUCCAUCGAGAUUCCAAAGAAAGUCGACAGAGAUGCUACAAUAUCUCCGCCAUCCAGCAACAGGGUACCCACAUCUCUGCGAUCCAGGGACAGAUUCUGGAAGCAGCUGUCGAGGAGGGAAGAACAGCGAGAUGUUCUUGGAGGACCAAAUACCACCCGCGACUCAUCAUCCAGCGAUGAACCGUUCAUCGAGACCCCAAAGAAAGUCGACAUAGAUGCUACCAUAUCUCUGCCAUCCAGCAACAGGCAAACCACCCCUGGGCCAUCCAUCGAAAGGUCAUCCAGCAUCCCAUCCGGGGCUACCCCCAGAACUUUGCCAUCCAGCGGGAGUACCAAAUCUGUCCCAUCCAGCGUGAAACUAGUCAUAGAUGACCGAGGCCAUGCCCGUGUCAUCGAGGAACCAUCCACCGAAAAGUCAUCCAGCAUCCCAUCUGGGGCUACCCCCAGAACUCUGCCAUCCAGCGGGAGUACCAUUUCUAUCCCAUCCAGCGUGGAACGAUUCAUCGAGGACCGACGCCGUGCCCGUGCCAGAGAGGUGGAGGACCAACGCCGUGCCCGUGUCAAGGAGGCGGAGGACCGACGCCGUGCCCGUGUCAUCGGGGAACCAUCCAACGAUCCACCAUUCGUACAGAACGGUGUCAUGGAGGACCCAUUCACCGGUUACCCGCCCACCGAGAGACCAUCCAACGGGGAACCGAAAUGGUUCAUCAAGAGACGACCACCCAUCGAGGAACCAGCCAACGAUCCACCAUUAAUCAAGGACCGUCUAGACCGUGUCAUCGAGGACCCAUUCAUCGAUGACCCAUCCUUCGAGAGACCACCCAACGCGGAACCAUCCAUCGAGGAGCCAUCCAACAAAAGACAACGCUUCUGCGAGCCAGCCCAUGGACACCCGUACCAGUUCAUUCACAUCGCCGCUAGGCAGCAGGCAGAUGACGAAAAGCUAGGGUCUGGGGACCAGCAAGCUCUUGUGGCCUUCAUGACGGCCCAAACGAAGGCCCAAAGGCGAGUGCGCCAACACGAAUUGCGCCUGUGCUACAUCCCUAUGGCCGUCGCUCCUGACGCCGAACGCAAUCGACUCGAUGCCGCAGCUCCGUCGAGUAGUUGCCUCCAAAUCUCAGAGGGCGCUUUCAAUGAUAUGCUGAAGGGAUGUGGCAUCCCCUUAGGCUAUGGUCCAAUGAUUACGAACGAAAAGAUCGGAUACUACACAUCAAUCUUUACUAACUUCGACGACGAGCGCAGCGGCUUGAUCGCAACCAACGAGUACAUCCUUCUCUGGAAUUACAACGGCAAGAGAAACAUGAAACGCCUGAGCGCUCUCUUCUUCCAUUGCCGAGACAUCAUCACCGAGACAAAGCCUUGUUUGGGACCCAUCCAAUACGUUGUUGCUUUAGAGCGGGACAAUUCCAUGACAAGAGCCGUGACUGGGACUCUUGUGCGGCUAAAUGGAUUGUCAGCCAGAACUUUGCGAAUCCACCAGUCACGGGACGACAUUGCACAGAUUCUUGGUAGGCUUUCCGUCCUCCGGGCGGAGACUGUGAGAUUAAUGAAUACGAUAAUUACCAUGAACUGGUGUCUGGAGGUCUGUAAGAAGCACAGUUUUUCACCGGAUCGUCUGGAAGCUCUCGGCGAGAGUUUUGCGGAAGGCGAGCUACGAGUAAGAUCAAUCCAGGAGGGCUUCCAGUCGCUCGACAGAAAGUUGAACACUCUACAAAACAUGUUCGAUGAUCCAAUAGACCUUGACGGAUUUGACCAGUCGCAGCCAUCAGAUCCGGUCAGGCAAUCCGGGGUGAUGCCAGAGAUGCUAGAACUCAACCGGGCGCCGUCGUUGGACCCCGGCAGCCAAUACGGGGGGAUACCAGAGAUGCUAGAUUUCAACCAGGCGCCGCCGCCAGAACACGACAGUCAGUUCGAUGACCUCUUUGGGAUGCUAGAGCACAACCAGGUGCCGUCGUCAGACCCUGUCAGCCAAACCGGGGGGAUGCCAGAGAUGCUAGAUUUCGAGCACUUGGAUGACCUGUCAGAGAUGCUAGAGCUCAACCAGGGAGGAGACGACAGCAACCAGAUGGUGGAAUUCGACACCCAGUUUGGGGAGGAGUUUUCAUUGGACUGA